AUGGUACCUGACGAGAAUAUCCCAGAACCAGAACCAAAGUUGUCCGGAGAGAUCGAAGAAAUACAAUCUGAGGUUGAGAGAAAGUUCCAAGAGUUCAAGAACUUUGACAUACUAGGUUAUUACCCUAAUGAUCAUCACUUUGUUUACAGGAGAGGAAAACCACGUAUUGAAAGUGAAUGGGAAUUUAUCCGUGUUAGACUACCACCGGAACCCAAACUUUCUGGUUCGAUUUUUGUUAGGGUUUAUGACCAGAGGAUUGAUCUUAUGAGUGUUAUGAUAGUUGGUCGGGAAAGUCCUUAUCACCAAGGCUUGUUUUUCUUUGACAUAUUCUUUCCCAGCAAUUAUCUCAAACUGCCUCAGCAGGAAACCGAGGAUGUUCCCCCACUCUUUUACCAUUCUUUUGACUUUGAUUUGAACCCGAACUUGCGUAAAAACGGCACCGUUUCGCUCGACAAAACACUAAAGUGCAAGCACACAUUGGAGUUACUCUCUUCACUUAAAGAUCUGGUUGUGAAUGACAAGUCCUACAUUGAUGCCGAAAAGGGCAUGAAAUCAAACAGAGAGGUUUUCAUGCAAACUUUUGAGUCCAUGCUUAAGAUGCUCAAGCGCCCACCUAGGCCGUUUAAAGAUUUUGUGCUGGGGUAUUUUCGAACAAGAGCUCAUGAUAUUCUUCUCAACUAUAAAGCUUGUGCUGAUCUUGAAGAUAAUGCAAUGAACUCGUUAUUCUUCAAGCUGGUGAGGGCAUUUGAAGCUAACGGAACUUAUUGCCAGCAUCAUUAUAAUCAGAAGAAGUACGAUCGGGCAUUGAAAGAAGAAAAGGAGCUCUUAAACCAGAGCCGGGAGAAGUAUGGAUAUGAAAAUUUUUUGUACUCACCACCAAAGAUGAACAAAGCGAAGGAUUGGCUUUAUUUUGGUGUUUGA